CAUUUUUAUAAAGAAAAACAGACAAAACAAAAAAGCAAGCAAAGAGAAGAUACAGUCUACCUAUUUAGCAGAGAAACGCUGUAUAGUUUUAAGACUGAGCUGUAAGAAUGGAACCUAAGAUAACAUUGUACGAAAACAAGAAUUUCAGAGGAAGAAGCCAAGAAAUAACAGAUUCAUGUCCAAAUUUACUUGAUUUUGGCUUCAACAACAUAACAUCGAGUGUAAAAUGCGACAGAGGAGUGUGGAUACUUUAUAAGAACAAGAACUAUGAGGGGAAAAUAUUUGUCAUACAGGAAGGUGACGUUUAUAGCAAAUUCUCAAAGUAUUUCAACAAUAGAGCGUCAUCUUUAAAAUUGAUAUGCGACUACGAUUUCACAGAAGAACCAGAAUGUAUAGUGUAUGAAAACAAUUUUUCUGGACGGUCUCUAACAUUCAUCGAUGAUGUGGAGAACCUUAAAUGGUACAAAUUUGAUAACAGAAUGUCAUCGAUUGUGGUGAAAAGCGGCGCAUGGGUUGGAUAUAGAUAUCCUAAUUAUGAUGGAGAGCAAAGUCUGUUUUUAAAAGGGAAGUAUACAGCUUCUGUUAAAGCAAAUGAUGAAGGUGGAUUUAAAAAUGACCGAAUUUCCUCGUUUAGCAAGAUAAUGGUGAAACCCUCACCUGAAGAUAAUAUGAAGCUGCUCCAGAUUGAUUAUGACUUGGAUAGAGCAAAUAUCGUCAGGACCCCAACAUCUGUCUUCAGCUGGACUCAAGUGAAUAAUACCUCAGUAGAACAGACGGUUACAAAAACCGAUGAAGUGACAAUACAAAGGGAAGAUACGUAUGAGUUUAGAUGGGAUAGAGCAGCUAAAGUAUCAUCAACAAUGGCAGCAUAUGUUGGAAUUCCAUUAGUUGGUGAAACAGAAGUCAGUAUUAGCGCUGAGAUGUCUGUUAGUAUGGGGAUAAAUGCAGGAACAAAAAGGUCAAAAACAGAGACAUGGAUUGCAGAGUAUCCAUCGAAAAUUCCUCGGUAUUCAACAGUAACGAUGACAUCAAAACUUACUCAAGGAAAUAUCAGCAUUCCAUUUACUGCCAUAUUGAGUUACGAAAACGACACAGAACGAACAAUUACAGAAAAGGGCGUGUUUUAUGGAUGUCAGUUCUUUGACUUCCAUACCGAUUUCAACGAAACAAAACUGCCGUAGACAACAUAAACAGUUCAUGAUCAUAUGGUGUGUAGUUUAUUUAUUCGUAACCAACCGUGCAAGACCCUCAUGGGCAGUAAAGGUUGUUAAAUAAAGCCCUGGUAGUAGUGUUUUGUAUGUCCAAAGUUAUGUAUAUCAAACAAUUUUCCCUCUUCGUUUUAUAUAUUAUAAAAUAAUUAUUAUAGUUGAUCAUAUAGUUAUUGUGCUUUUGUCGAUGUACGGACAUUUUAUAUAAGUAAUCGUUACCAGAACACAACAUGCGCUCCUUGAAAUAACACUACUUGAGAAAUCUGCGUUGUGAAUAUCUGUUUUAAGUGUAAUUUGGUCAGAUGUUUUCAAACUAAAAACUUACCCUUAAAUGUAAAGUUGUUCAUAUAUGACGUCAGAUUCCAAAAUCAGUCUAUUGAGCUGUUAAAUCUUAUUACAAAUAAACAAAUGCAAACACGUU